AUUAGCAAGAGAGCAAGUUGCUCCAGUUGUUUCCGAGCAGGAGAGUUUGAAAGGGUGCCCCAAACAACAAUCUCAAGGUGGGUAGGGGAGCACCUACCUUCUCUGGCAGGGGAAAAAAAGCUUAUUUUUUACGCUUUGACAAAAAAAAACAACUUCCCUGCCAACCUUAGGUUCGAGGUUCAUUCUUAAUUAGAGUUGAGAAGCCUGUUUCGACUUGAAGACACCCGUAUCAGGUGAAUGGAGAGCCAGCUACCGCAAUGAAAGAAAUCAAACCAGGAAUAACCUAUGCUGAGCCCUUGCCUCAAUCGUCCCCGAGUGUUUCCUGACACGUAUUUUUGCUUACAGUCCCUCAGAACUAAAGAAUGGGGCUCAACGUGACACUUGCAAAAUUACCAGAUAAUGAGCUGCACGGUCCAGGGAAUCACACCCCAAGUAACGCAAGCGAUGGACCCGGAAAGAACACUACCAUUAACAACGAAUUUGACACUGUCGUCUUGCCUGGGCUUUACCUCGUUAUAUUUGUGGCAAGCAUCUUGCUGAACGGUCUAGCAGUGUGGAUCUUCUUCCACAUUAGGAAUAAAACCAGCUUCAUAUUCUAUCUCAAGAACAUAGUAGUUGCUGACCUCAUAAUGACGAUGACCUUUCCGUUCCGAAUAGUCCACGAUGCAGGGUUUGGACCUUGGUACUUCAAGUUUAUCCUCUGCAGAUACACCUCGGUUUUAUUUUACGCCAACAUGUAUACUUCCAUCGUGUUUCUUGGGCUGAUAAGCAUUGAUCGCUACCUGAAGGUGGUAAAGCCAUUUGGCGACUCUCGCAUGUACAGCAUAACCUUUACAAAGAUUUUAUCUAUUGGUGUCUGGGUGCUCAUGGCUAUUCUGUUCUUGCCAAACAUCAUUCUAACAAAUGGUCAGCCAACUAGGGAAAAUAUUCAUGAGUGCAUGAAACUUAAGAGUCCUUUGGGAGUGAAAUGGCAUAAGGCCAUCAUUUAUGUCAAUAGCUGCUUGUUUGUGGUUGUGCUUGCGAUGCUGAUAGGAUGUUACAUAGCCAUAUCCAGGUACAUCCACAAGUCCAGCAGGCAAUUCAUAAGCCAGUCAAGCCGAAAGCGAAAACAUAACCAGAGCAUUAGAGUGGUCGUGGCUGUGUUUUUCACCUGUUUUCUACCCUAUCACUUGUGCAGGAUUCCUUUUACUUUUAGUCACUUGGACAGACUUUUAGAUGAAUCGGCACACGAAAUCCUAUAUUACUGCAAAGAAAUGACACUUUUCUUGUCUGCGUGCAACGUGUGCCUGGAUCCAAUAAUUUACUUUUUUAUGUGUCGCUCAUUCUCAAGAAGGCUGUUCAAGAAAUCAAAUAUCAGAACAAGGAGUGAGAGCAUCCGAUCACUGCAAAGUGUCAGAAGAUCAGAGGUCCGCAUAUACUAUGAUUAUACUGACGUGUAGGAGUUACAGGCCACAAGGCCUUCUCUUGUUUGUCGAAGUCAAUAUGUACAAAGUGUAAAUAAAUUUGUCUUUUGAUUACCCU